AUGGGCGUCCUCAACAUGUUAAAUUGGGCAAGCUCAGGAUGGGCUCCGCUAUGGCUGGCUGCCUCGGCUGGGGUGAUAUACGCUAUAGCGAGCUGCGUGUAUCUCCUGUACUUCCAUCCUGCCUCCCGGUUUCCUGGACCUAAGCUGGCGGCCAUCUCCUACGUUUCCUACUGUUAUUAUUGGAUUGUUGGGCGCCACCCAUGGCGCCAGGAGGACCUCAUCCGCGAGUACGGCGACGUCGUGCGGAUCGGGCCUAAUGAUGUUCUCUUCUACACUCCUCAGGCGGUAAUGGAUAUAUAUGGGCCAAUGUCGAAGGGCCAGGAGGCGUUUGUUAAGACGAACCUGAUGGACUUCGGCCAAGGCGACCUGGGCUUCAGCUGGCAGCCCAACCCGGCGAUUCGCAAGGCAACUGGGAAGAAGAUUCUCCCUGCCUUCAGCAACAAGGCUAACAAGAACAAGGAGCCACUUGUGCAUGCCUACAUCGACCUGUUCAUUGAUAAGAUGAGGAAUUUGGGCGGCAAGCCUGAGGGUCUGCUCAUGAAUGACUGGCUCUAUUGGCUCGCUGUCGACAUGGCUGCUGAUCUGGCCUAUGGGCGUGAGAUGACCCAUCUGAAAGACGGCAAAACAUCCGACUUCGCUUCAAGCCUCCGCGCUACGUCCUUUUCCGCCCUGCUGAUCCAGCUUUCCAAGAAGAUGCCCAUGAUCGGGCUUCUCGCUCCGCUCUUCAUACCGCUCAGGGUCUAUCGAGCUGUACCCGCCAUCAUAGCCGCCAACCGCGCCGAGGUACAGGCGCGCAUCGACCGGCGGGGCAAGACCAAGCACCCAGACUACGUGGACUUCCUCAUCGGGCCCGACGACCCGCCACCGUCGAACAAGAAGGAGCGCGAGCACCUCGAGCAGGUGGCAUUCCAAAUGUUUGCCGCCGGCUACGACCCGAUCAACAUCAUUACAUACGCGGGCAUGUUCUUCCUGUUGCAGAACCCCAAGGUGCACGCUGCCCUCACUGCCGAGAUCCGCGGGGCGUUUAGCAGCUACGACGAGAUCACCCACGACGUCCUGAUCGGCCUACCUUACCUGCAGGCCUUCAUCCAUGAGUCGCUGCGCAAACACCUGAUUGCGCCGACGGGCAUGCCGCGCAUCAGCCCCGGUGCGACUAUUGACGGUAAUUACGUGCCCAAGGGCGUCAUUGUCGAGUCGAGCCCCUUCACCGCCAUGCGCCACGAGCGCUACUUUACCGAUCCGCUCGAGUUCCGUCCGGAGCGUUGGCUGCCGCACGACCAUCCGCUCUACGACGCGCGCUUCGCCGACGACAACCUGCGUGCGUUUUUCCCAUUCAGUCUGGGCGUGCGCCAGUGUGCCGGGCGGGAGAUUGCGUGGACGCAGUAUCGGCUCUUCAUCGCCAAGGUGCUGUGGACGUUUGAUCUUGAGGCCGUGAGCGGCCAUGACAAGUCGUUCGAUCAGGAUGUCAGCGCACAUGUGAUGUGGAAUCACCCGGAUUUGUUUGUGCGUUUCUUGCCCGCUAAGGGACAGGAGUUGAAUGGCCAUCUGCACCCGAUUUCUUGA